UGUCAAGAAUAAAUGGCCAGACUAUAAUUUUUAUAUUUUUAUUAUAUAUAAGUUUGUUAUCAUUUUCGAGAGUAGUUAGUUUGGCAAAUACUUUUAGUCCCGACGAAAUUGAACAGGCCCACGUUUCCCCCUUAAUAUUACAGAGAAAGUUGGUAGCAGGAAAGGAUUUACUUUUCUUUCUCCUUUUAAUUUUAAUAAAGACGUUUUUGUUGUCUUUCUUCUCUCAAUUGUUAAAUCUUUGACUUUAUGUUUUUCGAUUUUCACCAACUUCAACCUCAACUCAUGAAUAUAUUUUUCUAUCGUGUUUUUGGUUUGAUUAUUACGGAGAAAUAGUUUUCAAUGAAAAAGAGCAGUCCCCUAAAAGAAGCUCAACUGAUUUGCAGACACCUACAAAGAAUCAGGAUACAGGUAUAACACAUUUAAAAGAGAAAAAAGUGGCCUUUCAUGGUUAUUGAUGAAUGAGAGGUGACAUUAUAUAAGGCAAAAGGGAUGAUGGAGGAAAAAGCUUCUUCAAUUCAAGAAAGGCAUUUUGGAUUAGAGAUGCAGGUAACUGAGCCUAUGAGAAAAGAAAAGAUGGUGAAAAGAAGCUGGGAUGAAUCAAAGAGGAUGUGGGAGAUAGCAGCUCCUGCUAUGAUAACAGCAGUAACUCAAUUCUCUAUUGGGUUUGUCACUUCUGCAUAUGUUGGCCAUUUAGGAGAGGUGGAGCUUGCUGCUGUUUCAAUUGUUCAGAAUGUAAUUGAAGGCUUUGUAUAUGGGGUCAUGUUAGGGAUGGGAAGUGCCCUGGAAACGCUAUGUGGUCAAGCUGUUGGUGCUGGACAACUUAACAUGCUUGGAGUCUAUAUGCAAAAAUCAUGGAUCAUUACUGGGGUCGCAGCUUUGUUUUUAGCGCCUUUUUAUAUUUUCGCUUCGCCAUUACUACAGCUCCUUCAUCAAGACAAAGACAUCUCAGAGCUUGCUGGAAAGUACUCAAUCUGGGUACUACCUCAGUUGUUUGCUUUUGCAAUAAAUUUCCCAAUACAGAAGUUUCUCCAAGCGCAAAGUAGAGUAUGGGUUAUGACAAUCAUUUCUGUCAUAGCCUUAGCAUUUCAUGUGCUGUUGAAUUGGUUGCUUGUGACAAAGCUAGACCAUGGGCUACUUGGAGCUGCUAUUGCAGGGAAUAUUUCAUGGUUGGUUAUAGUUUUGGCUCAGAUAGUUUAUGUGGUUUCAGGAUUUUUCCCUGAAGCCUGGACUGGUUUUUCCUGUUCAGCUUUCAAGUCAUUAGCUGGUUUUGUAAAACUCUCUCUUGCAUCAGCUGUAAUGUUAUGCUUGGAGCUAUGGUACUUUACAGCUGUGAUUCUUAUGGUGGGAUGGUUGAAGAAUCCAGAAAUUGCAGUUGAUGCCAUUUCCAUUUGCAUGAACCUGCAGUUGUGGACUCUGAUGAUUGCUCUCGGUUUCAAUGCAGCAAUAAGUGUGCGAGUUUCAAAUGAACUUGGGGCCGGAAAUCCUAAAGCAGCAAAAUUCUCUGUAAUGGUGACUGUUUUAACAUCCACAAUACUUGGAGUUCUAUUCACAGCUGUGAUUUUGGCAACCAAGAAUGAGUUUCCAAAGGUAUUUACUGGAAAACCAGCAGUCAUGCAGGAGGCAUCAAAGCUAGGUUACUUCUUGGCGGCAACAAUCUUCCUCAACAGCAUUCAACCUGUGCUCCAUGGUGUAGCAGUUGGUGCUGGUUGGCAACUGUCUGUUGCCUUGAUUAAUAUUGCCUGUUACUACAUCGUGGGACUUCCUAUCGGCGCAGUGCUUGGCUACAAGUUUAAGCUUGGUGUUAAGGGCAUAUGGUCAGGAAUGUUGGCUGGUUGUGUGCUUCAAAUAGUCAUUCUAAUUUUCAUCAUGCUCCGAACCAACUGGAACAAAGAAGCUGUGCAAUCUGAGGAGCGGAUGAGAACUUGGGGUGGCUCUCCUAAAACUCGACAAAGUCCAUCAGAGGCCAACAUAGAUGAGUGAUCAAUACAUUGUGGAAACAAACCUGAUAAAUACCAAUAUCAGGUUGUAGUUUAUUAGAUUUUUAUUAUAGCCAAAAGGGCUACCACAUUUUUUUGUUCACUUACUUAUACUUUACUGUUCAGUGCUGCUGAUCCUAAAUAUGAGUAUCCUAAUUUGCAACUA